CAUUGAAUGCAACAGAUGACCCAGUCCAAGAUGGCGCUCAACAAAGAGAUAGACUACAUUCAACUGUAUCGCCGAAGACAGUUGUUAUACCAUGGCUAUGUCACCCCAUUUAUCUUUCUUUAUAUUGCUGUUUUAUAUUUAUGGAUAUUUGUUUAUGGAGCAUUAGAGCAUUUUGAGCUAGGAUGCAUCGCUUUAGCUAUUACAGGGGCUCUUCAAGUUUUGGCAUGUUUGUCAUGCCACUGGUCAGUCCAUGUGCGGUGCGCUUUCACGUGUUCUAAGGAAAAUGAUAUUGAAAAGGCUGAUGCUGUGAAAGUUGUGCCCACUCCAAACAAUGGAAGUCCAGAGCUGGUCAGCUUGUACCGUGAUGAUGAUGUUCUUGGUAAAGUUAUUUGGUUUGAAUUUCAAAAAUUGAAGUAUGCCUAUGAUAAGGAAGAGAAAAAAGAAUUUUUACAAGUGGAUUUUCCAGUUGAUCAUUCUUUGAAGUUUUAUCAAGAAGCUAAAGGGUAUAUUGAAGAAGAUGAUGUAUUGAUUGCCAACCGUAAAUAUGGAUUUAAUAGGAUUGAAAUGACUGUUCCAGAUUUUAUGGAGUUAUUCAAAGAAAGGGCAACUGCACCUUUUUUUGUCUUCCAAGUUUUCUGUGUUGGACUUUGGUGUUUGGAUGAAUACUGGUACUAUAGUAUCUUCACCCUCUUCAUGUUAGUUGUUUUUGAAGCCACUCUUGUGCAGCAGCAACAAAGAAAUAUGAAGGAAAUAAGGAACAUGAGCAGCAAACCAUUCCAGAUUCAGGUUUAUAGAUAUAGAAAAUGGAGGCCAAUUAGCAGUGAGGAGUUGCUACCUGGAGAUAUCUGCUCAAUUGUGAGACCCAAACAAGAUUUUGUUCUUCCAUGUGACAUGAUCUUGCUCAGAGGUUCUUGUAUUGUUGACGAAUCGAUGCUAACUGGCGAGUCUGUACCACAAUUAAAGGAGCCAAUAGAAGAAUGCAAUGGUGAUGAACUUUUCCAAGAGCAGACACAUGGUAAACUGCAUGUCCUUUCGUCAGGUACUAAGGUUGUCAACAACACUCCAGUUCCUAAGACAGCUUCUGGCCUAAAAGCUCCUGACAAUGGCUGUGUUGCAUACGUCAUCAAAACUGGUUUCAAUACGUCUCAGGGAAAAUUGCUGAAAACCAUUCUGUAUGGUGUUAAGCGUGUAACUGCGAACAGCUUGGAAACGUUGAUGUUCAUCAUGUUCCUUCUGGUGUUUGCCAUCACUGCAGCUUCGUAUGUAUGGAUCAAAGGAACUGAAAAUCCAAAGAGAAAUCGAUAUAAACUUUUCCUGGAAUGUACUUUGAUUCUAACAUCGGUUGUUCCACCUGAGUUGCCGAUCGAAUUGUCACUAGCUGUAAACUCGUCGCUGAUUGCUCUUCACAAACUUGGUGUCUUUUGCACUGAACCCUUCCGAAUUCCUUUUGCUGGCAAAAUUGACAUUUGCUGUUUUGAUAAAACCGGAACUCUGACAAGUGACAACUUGGUUGUAGAAGGAGUGGCUGGCGUGGGUGAGGUAGAUGACAUCCAAGCAGUUGAGAGCCUUCCUAUAGAAACAGUCCGUAUUCUAGCAUCAUGCCAUUCUCUAACAUACGUUGAUGAUGUUAUAGUUGGCGAUCCAAUGGAGAAAGCGUUAUUGAAUUCCGUUGACUGGACGUUUACGAAAGGUGACGUUUGCCUUCCUAAAAAGGGCCAGAGACAGUCUUUGAAGAUUCUGCAUCGAUUUCAUUUUACAAGUGCCCUGCGUCGAAUGUCUGUGAUAGUUUCUAUGCAGACAAGUGAAUCGUCCAACCAAACUGUGUUAGUAGCUUGCAAAGGAGCCCCAGAAACGUUAAAAGGAAUGUUUCUAGAGGUACCUAGCAACUAUGAUGACCUUCAUCGCAAGCUGUCUUGUGAAGGUGGACGAGUCAUUGCUCUUGGCUACAAAGAUAUUGGCCAGCUAUCUUCUCAAGAGGUUCGUGACGUCACAAGAGAAAAGGCCGAGUGUGGUCUGAUGUUCGGUGGCUUCGCUGUUUUGUCCUGUCCUUUGAAGGUUGAUUCAAGCCAAACAAUCAAGGAAAUAAAACAUUCUUCCCAUCAUGUAGUAAUGAUUACUGGUGACAAUGUAUUAACAGCCUGCCAUGUUGCAAGAUCGUUGAAUCUUAGUGAAAAGCCCAUUCUGGCAUUAACACGGUGUGACAAUGCAGACGAGUCACCAGUGAGAUGGAUUUGGCAAUCGACGGACAAGAGCAUCCACUUCAAACUCUUUCCUGAUAACAUUAAAAAGUUUCUUAAAGACUACGACUUGGCUUUGACUGGAGAGGGCCUUUCUUAUAUGCUUCAGUCGGCCGAUAAUGUAAAGCUGUUGAAGACGUACCUUAUCCACGUUCGAGUAUUUGCAAGAGUAGACCCUAAGCAAAAGGAGUUUAUAGUAACAAAAAUGAAGAGUCUUGGGUAUAUAGUCCUUAUGUGUGGUGAUGGUACAAACGAUGUUGGGGCGCUCAAGCAUUCUCAUGUCGGAGUGGCACUACUGCCUGGAUCCCCAGAAAAGUGGAUCGACCCUCCUGAAAACGAGAAAAGUCGACGAAAAGACAGAGAACAAAAGAAAGAGAAAGAAGGGGCUGCGGAACAUGAAGAUGGAAUUAAAAAGUCACGCAAUAUGCCUUCAGGUAAAGGCACCUCCAAAGCGGCACGCAUGAGAGCUGUCACAAGAGGAGACACUGAAUCUCCGGCCUUAAAAUCAGCUAAUGAUCACCAAAAACGACUGAAAGAGUUACUGAAGGAGUUAGAAGAACAAGAGCAAGGCCAAAUCGUCAAACUUGGAGAUGCGUCAAUCGCUUCGCCAUUUACAUCUAGAUUUGCAAGUAUAAGAUGCAUAUGCCACGUGAUAAAGCAAGGCCGUUGCACUCUGGUCACAACGCUACAGAUGUUCAAGAUCCUAGCGUUGAAUGCACUCAUUUUGGCUUACUGUCAAAGUGUCCUGUAUUUGGACGGUGUCAAGUUCAGUGAUGGGCAAGCUACUUUCCAAGGCAUCCUUUUAGCUGGCUGUUUUCUGUUCAUCUCAAGAUCGAAGCCUCUCACAAUACUAUCAAAGGAGAGACCAUUGCCAAACAUCUUUAAUAUCUAUACAAUUGGAACUGUGCUGUGUCAGUUUGCAGUCCACUUCACCGCAUUGUUUUUUCUAGUCCAGGAAGUAUAUAGAUUAGUGCCAAAAUUAGAUGAUGUUGAUUUGGAAAAGAAGUUCGAGCCUUCUUUAUUAAAUAGUACCGUCUACAUUAUUUCAGUUGCUCUUCAAAUAUCCACUUUUGCAGUUAAUUACAGGGGGCGGCCGUUCAUGGAAAGUAUCGUCGAAAACAAGCCAUUGCUUGUCAGUAUAAGUGCUUCAGGAGCUAUAAUAUUUGGCCUAGCUGCAGGCCUCUUACCCGACUUUGCUGCACAGUUUGAGAUCAUCGACUUUCCACCUCAGUUCCGAAGCACACUCAUGAAAGUUCUCCUUUUGGAUGCUGCCUUGGCGUUCAUGGUUGACAGAGUUCUCCUCUGGCUUCUUGGAACAGCGAAAUUAAGGACAACCUAGACCAAAUAUACAAUAUGUAACUUAUGAAAUUUUAGUCAGAUAUUUCUUAAGCAAUAACUCGGUUGAAAUGAUAUUUCUUUUACUCGAGGUCAA